AUGUCUGCAGCAUCGCCAUUCCGACAAAUUCCUUCACGAUCGCUCGGAUCCUGGACUUGCUUAGCAUGCUCCCGCUCAAUUAACCGGAUACCGCGCGCCCGCAACCCGGCAUUCGCUGCACGGAGAUGGUUGAACACCACGAAUCCUGCGCGGCAGCAUGGCACUGUUCCGAGGAUGGACCAGAUGCAUGCGCAAUAUAAGAUUAAGAAUCGGACAGUCAUGAAUUAUGUCUUUAGUGUAAUAAUUGGCUUCACAGCCUUGAGUUAUGGCUCGGUACCAUUUUACAAGAUGAUUUGCCAAGAGACUGGCUGGGGAGGCCAGCCCAUAAAGUCCGCAGCCCACGGCGGCGACCAAUCCGUCGAUCCUUCCGAACGUCUCAAGCCCGUAGAACACCACCCACGCAUCCGAAUAACGUUCAACGGCUCCGUAUCCGACGUUUUGCCCUGGAAAUUUGUUCCCCAGCAACGAGAAGUCAGAGUGCUUCCAGGUGAAACCGCCCUCGCUUUCUACACCGCGACCAACAAAUCACCGGAAGACAUCAUCGGUGUAGCCACCUACUCCGUCACACCUGGACAGGUUGCCCCGUACUUUAGCAAAAUCCAAUGUUUCUGCUUCGAGGAACAGAGACUGAACGCUGGGGAAACGGUGGACAUGCCGGUCUUCUUCUACAUCGAUCCUGAGUUUACAAAGGACCCUAGUAUGAAGGGCAUUGAGACUGUCACAUUGAGCUAUACGUUCUUCAAAGCGAAGUAUGAUAAGGAUGGGCAUCUGACGCCUGUGCCCAUGUGA